GUGACCCUGGUGGGUUUUAUUUUCUCUUAGAGCAUAAAUAUCUGUUAAAUAUCAACAGAAUACAAAAUGAUGCAGUGCAAGCAACUUGAAAUAUAAUCUGUGAACUGAAAUAAAUAUUAAACACGUCUACUGUGUAAUAAAUUUAAUAGGCUAAUACUGAGACAUUUAUGUAAUUUUCUCUGACAAAUACAAUAACACAAUAUAACCUUAAAUAGAAUAAAAAUGUUAUAAAUAUAAUAGGAUUACAAUAUUAUAUUAUAUUAUUAAUAAAAUUGUUAUUAGUAGGCUACUACUGCUCAACAACAACAACAAUAAUAAUAAUAAUAAUAAUAAUAAUAAUAAUAAUGGUAAUAAUAGACCUAGGCCUAUAAUGGUGCUAAUAAUAAAAGCCACAACUUUAGUGCAAAACAAAUCUUUCCUCACAGCCUCUGAAUGGUUUUAGUACAGACCGGAUGAUAUUUGCUGAUGUGAGCUGCCACUUCCCAGCCUGCCUCCAGUGAAUUGACGCGGCUGCCGAGCGCCGCGCGGCCAAUAGGAGCACAGCGGGGCGGAGAGCAGCGGCAGAUUGUACUACAGUGUAGUACUGCUGCCAACAGUAGACGCGUCUCCCGCUCAGUCUGUCGCUAUUCAGCAUCUUCUGGUUAAUGGAUUAUACAGUUUCCCUCCAAGUGCAACAUCAGCUGGCCGUGUUCCCGACACACUUCUAUCAGGGCUACAGUGUGGAGUUACAGUCUGGCUGUGGCCUCUGGGCGGCUGGAUGCCAGAGAGCAGAGGGGCAGCAGCUCCGAGGCAGAGGACGUCCCGCUAUAAGGUCAUGCCAUGUCCUGGAAAGAUGAAGUCAACAGAGGUGGACCAAGGGCUUUUCACAGACAGCUACUGCAAAGUGUGCAGCGCUCAGCUCAUCUCCGAGUCCCAGAGGGUCGCCCAUUAUGAGAGUCGGAAACACGCCAAUAAAGUGCGACUGUAUUACAUGCUACAUCCUGUGGAUGGAGGCUGCCCCGCCAAGAAGCUCAGAACAGACAAUGGCAGCGACGAGGGCGAUGUGGACAAGAAUAAGUGCUGCACGCUGUGUAACAUGUCCUUCACCUCAGCAGUGGUGGCACAGUCGCACUACCAGGGUAAAAUCCACGCCAAGAGACUAAAGCUGCUACUGGGAGAGCAGCCCGCCAUCACAACCAAAGAGGCGUCCCCCAGUCCUGUAAAGAGCUCCCCAGAAACGUCUCCCAUGACCUCGCCGCGACAGCGCCGCGACUCUGACCGCUACUGCCAGCUAUGUAACGCCUGGUUCAACAACCCCGGCAUGGCUCAGCAGCAUUAUGAUGGCAAAAAGCACAAGAAGAACGCUGCCAGAGCGGACCUGCUGGAGCAGCUGGGCAAGACCCUGGACAUGGGAGAGAUGAAAGGUCUGAAACGGAGCUAUACCUGUGAAGUCUGCAGCGUCACACUGAACUCGGUGGCACAGUACCAUGCACAUCUGCAGGGCUCAAAGCACCAAAACAAUCUGAAGAACCAGAUAUGUGUCCAGUGAGCGUGGGACGGAGAUAACAAACAACUACUGGAUUGAUGUCAGACAAGCUGUGGUCAGCUUGCCCUGCUUUUUCUGCCUCUGCCCUGCUUCUGCUCUGCUCCACAUCAUUUCAAUCUCUCUCUCUCUCUCUCUCUCUCUCUCUCUCUUUCUUCUGUCUUUCUCUCUGUCUGUUUCGGCCGCCCUGACAAGGAGGAAAAUAAGGAGAUUUCUUUUGUAACACUCUAGCACUGCAUCAAAUCUCACCUGUCAGUAUAGAGUACAGUCUAAACAGUUUCUCCGCAUUGCUGGCCACUCUUAAAUCAUCGACCUUUGACAUUCCACUCCAGCUGUGUCCUGUGUUUUUGAUCCACUGACAGUCAGAGAGCAUGAAAGUGGAUCUGACACACAGCGGCCGUUCUAAAAAUGCAUGGACUAAAUUAUACUCUAUUCUCCACAGGAUGCUAAGUACUGUAAGUGGAAUUCUAAUUAGAGAAUAUGAGGGUUGUUUUUAAUUGUUUUUGUUUUAUCAUACUACAAAUGAAACAGAACAUAUUUAUUUGAAUUUAAAAGAAAAAGACAUAUGUUAUUUAUUUGUGGGCUUUGACUAUGAGAACAUGAUUCUCUUAGCCCUCAGAUUCUGUAUGGUACACACAGUGUAACUUGACUAUAAUGCUUUUAUUGCAUACAUACUUGCAGUGGAGCUAAAUCCUCUUCCUGCUGAAAGGGGUUGAUGGCAAUAAUGACACUGGUUGGCCUCUUACUGUAUGAUGUAAUGGUGUUAUCCUCUAUUGGCUGUACUGAACAGUAAAUGGCUCUGGUAGUGCUUAAAGAGACCAGCAGAAUUAAAAAGAGACAUCAGCAUCUACGCAGGCCCAGAAAAUAGUUUCUAAAGUGAUACUUCUGACUUAUUACAACUCAGCUUUUAUUCUGCUUGUUUUGUCCAUCACUCCUACUGGUAAUAACCAAACGACUUGGAGCUCUGGGAGCACAGUAGUAUGACUAAAAGACAUCCAAUUAGACAAGAAACACACAAGGUCAGGUGAUCAAACAGGUUGUAAACAAACCUCCAAGUUUAUUUGAAGAGAAAAAUAAGGUGAACGAUUUAUUAUUACUCAAACUCCAUCCAUGCACCCGUCCUAAUAUGGGUCAGGUUUCUGUAGCAGCAGGACAAGUGAAGUGUCCUAAAUAUCCCCCAGUCCUCCAGGUUUUCAUGGGGAAUCCUGAGCCCUUCCCAUGCCAGGUGGGCCAUGUCCUCCCUUCAGUGGAUUCUGGGUCUGGCCCAGGUUCUUGAUCUCCACCCAGUUGGAAUCAUUUCGGGGGUUCCACUCCAAGCUCCUUCCAAAUGUCUUGAGAUGCUCAUCCUGUCUAAAGCUUCUAAAUGAUGCUUCUGGGAAAAUACACAUUAUCCACUUUGCAAAUCUAUGCAAAUAAGGAUGUCAUGUGUAACCAUAGAUUUCAAAUGCUUGCAGAGGUUUCCAUCUGUGCAUCGUCCAAAAUUCAGCAACAUUUUGUGUGGACCUGAGCAAGCUCCUGUCGUGAUAAAAGAACACCAUAUAAAAGACCAUGUAACCAUCUACAGAUAUCCGACUUACAUCCAUUCUUUCUGCAAUUACCUAAAGAUUGUGACCGUAUGUAAGGUUUAGGGUGUAGAUCGGCUGUUAAAUUGAGAGCUUUGUCUUCAGGCUCAUCUCCCUCUUUACCACCCAAAAGGAACAUUCAAGGCCUCGGACUGAGGUGCUUACCCACAUCCCUGAUGUUUCGCAUUUGCUACAGACCAACACAGUGUGCGGUGGAGGUUGCUGUGGGAUGUUGCCAACAGAACUACAUCAUCUGCAUAAAGUAGAGCUGCAGUUGUAAGGCAUCAGUAUUCUUUGAGUCAGGUGGUCGGAACAGUGUUAGAAACCCCUUCCCCCUCACAACUUUACAAAGCCUCCAUUGGUGAAUCUGUCCCUGACGAUAUCUGUAACUUGAAACUGACAAUCCGACAAUCAGGCCCACUUCACACAGCAAUUAGCCAGAUGGGUGGAGUUGAGAGAGUAAGCAAGGAUCAAAGUUGUCACCCUGUUUCAAAUGGGAUUGGUUGGAACAGCUGUAAACACUUCUGCCUUCAGACAUGGUUUCAACCAUAAUCUAUUGGUUAACUCUACCACACACUGUUCCCACCACAGCUGCACCUUGAGAUUCUGUCCAAACCAAACUCUCCAUCGUAAUUAUGCAUCACAGUUUACUGACUGACUUCUUGUUGAAAUAAUCUUGUUAAACCAUCGUCUUAUUUAUAACCUGUCUGACUGUCACAGAUCAUGUUUCUUGUCCCAAUUUGUAGUAGCGUUUGCUCCAUGCUCCCAGAUCUCAGCAGUUUGGUGAGGACAUAUUUAUCAUAACAGACAGAAAUGCUACCAAAUGCCAGCUGAAUUAAACCAAAAUAAAAAAUAAACAAUUUAAUUCCUCCUGGUUUAAACAGAUGUUAAAAGACAUGAUUUAUUUCACAAAAUGAAAAUACAAAUGUUCUUUUCAGCAGCAUAAACAGAGCACUGUACAUGAUCAGUGUUAUAAGCUUAGAAAUAUUUCCUCUGGUUAAGAUGCUUUCAUUUCAGUAUGGUCUUCAUCUCAGGGAGGUGUAACUGGUUGCUUUAGAGAAAUUUAACACUGCUGUUGAGAAACAUUCACAUGUACUGGAUCCAUUCCACUAUAGAGCCUUGUCGAAUGUGUUGGUACAUAACAGACUGAUCCAUAACUGUCAUGGUUUCACGAAAAGAAUAUUGAUAUUGUGGAGUGUUUUAAAGGGUAAUUCAGCUUAAUAUACACUACUGGUCAAAAGAUUUAGAACACCUCCAUUUUUCCAGUUUGUAUCAAAAUUGAAAUUGUUCAAGUCCAGUGAAUAACUUUAAAUGGUUCACUUACAUCAUUCUUGCAGCAACAGAAGUAAAUGAAGCCUUGAAAGUUGAUGCAAACAAUUCCUACAUGUGUCCCAACCUUUGUUGUUGACGUACAAACUUUGUGUCUGUGCAAAGGCAGUGUUAGAACAAACUGUUACUACACCCUCUGAUGUAAUAUUAGGACGGUACAGCAGGAAGUAGUACUUUUUAUUGUAGUCAGAAUGGUGAGAAAAAGGCACAAAGGUCGGUCAGGUGUUCAUCCUACAGCACAGCGCCUCUCAAACUUCUUCACAUCAAAGAACCUAAACUGACACAAAUUAGACCAAGGACCCUGAUAAGAUCUUUGCUUUCAGAUGUUCUAUCACAGAAAGUGUUUAGAGCCCAUGACCAAAAUAGUCAUAUAUUCUGUCAUUGAUGGUAAUUGUAGUGAAAAUAAAUUAUUCCCCUUUUUGCUGGGAACCUGUUGGGGUCCCCGGACCACACUUUGAGAACCACUGCCACAGCAAGAUAAUGAGCCAAAGCUUUAGAGGAACAGAACCAGAGAGAGGCUUCACAUGAUGGAGGAGCAGCACAGACUCCAGAAUUAAACCCCAUGGAGCUGGUUUAGGACGAACUGGACAGAAGGUGAAAGUGCAACACAUUCAUGGAACUUCAGCAACAGUGUUGGGAUGAACUUUCCAAACUUUUCCAUUGUAGAAAGAAGCCAUGCGAGAGUUCUGCUGCUGGAUGAAACAAAAUAUUAGAUUUUAUUUAGUUCAAAAAUUCCAUGAUUCCUUGCUUUUAAAAUCUCCAGUUGUUUAUUUGUUCUAUGUCUUAAUUUCAGAAACACUGAGAUAUUGAAUCGUGUAAAUUUAAAUAACAUGCUGGAAACAUGGAGGCGCUCUAAAACCAGUUGUGUAUAUAGAUCUAUAUAGAUAUCUUAUUCAAAGCUUAUGUAGCAUUCUUCUUUCUUAUGUGUCACAUUAAGAAAUUAAAGAUGUCAGUGUUGUAUAAAUGAGAACUUGAGGAAAAUUAUAAAUUCAUAAUAUAUUACUGUUGUGGAUCAGAUAAAUUUGUAAUUGCUAUCUGUUUACAGUAUAAGUGAGUUCUUUUACUGUCAUUUUCAGUGCUGUGUCAAUUACAGAACUGUGUUUAUUCCAAAUGUAGCUUUGACUCACGUCGUUGAAGCGUUUUCUUUUUGCAGAGACCUCUACGUUUAUUGACAAAUGAAAUCACGUGAACAUAGAGCUGGAGAUUUGUACUGUAGAGACAGAGAAAAAAAAAAAACCAUCAAUAGACGGACUUCAUCACGGACUGAAAACAAACUGCUGCUGGUUGAUGUCAGAGCCGCCAGCUGAUGUGAGAGACACCACCACCGACAACAUUAACAAUAAUUUAUAGAAAUGUGUUUUUUGAUAUUGCAAUUAAGACAUGCACGUAUGAUUUGUUAUUGCAAGUCAAAAGAAAGAAAAAAAAAAAAAAAAAACUCCACUGAAUUGCUUUGCUCAGCCUGAGUGAAAACAUGUCUGUCCAGACGCUUUGCUUUGGAUCAGUCGUUUCUCCGUCAUCACAGGAUGUCCACCUCUCAUACACCCUCUAGUCCCUUUGUGCUCUGGGUUAUGUGCUCUAUUGUGUCUGAGAAAAGAAUUAAAGACACUUGCAACUACACAAA